AUGACACCAGAGAGUUUGCGAGCCGGCUUUCCGCCGAAAGCCUUGGAAUUGCCUGCUGUUACUGCAUCAGCGACGGUGUCGGACUUGGGGCUUCGCACGGGGGAGACCAUUGUCAUCCAAUCGGUGGAACCUGCUGGGAGCCAGGGACAAGUGCUACGACGGAUCAUUGCGUCCGACAACAGCUGCUUGUUCAACGCCUUUGGCUAUGUCACAGAGAAGAGCAGGGACCAGGCUCGAAGCCUUCGUCAGCUGGUGGCGCAGAAAAUCAGCGCGGACCAGGAGCGUUUCUGCGAGGCAUUUCUGGCCAAACCCAACGAUGAGUAUUGCAAAUGGAUCCUCAAGGAUGACAGUUGGGGAGGAGCCAUCGAACUCAGCAUCCUCGCCGAGCAUUUCCAAUGUGAAAUCGCCGCCUACGAUAUCUGCACCAAGCGUCGUGAUCUGCACGGCGAAGGGCAAGGAUAUGAAAAGCGAUGUAUGUUGAUCUACGACGGCAUCCACUAUGACGCUUUAGCCCUGGCUGCUGAUGCCUCCGCCGCGGAAGCAGAGGACGUCACCAUGUUUCAGACAGGCGCCGUGGCCGAGCUCGUGGACGUGAAAGCGCGGAGCUUCGUGGAGGAGCAGCACAAGCAACGACAGUUCACCGACACCGGCAACUUCACCUUGCGCUGCGUCUCCUGUCAACAGGGCCUGAAAGGUGAGAAGGAAGCCAAAGCGCACGCCGAAGCUACAGGUCACACAGGAUUCGCUGAGUACUAGCGAGAUCCCAAAA